AUGACCACCCAGCGCAACCCAGAUAACACCCAUGCUUGGUUGAUCGGCAGUGGUAUUGCAUCCUUGUCGGCGGCGGUGCACCUCAUCCGCGAGGCCAAGGUGCCUCCCAGCAAUAUCCACAUUGUGGACGUGCACCCCUCGACAGGCGGUGGAAUAAGAAGCUGCGGAAACGCCGAGAACGGAUACAUGUUGUAUACGGGCUGUCUCCCCUAUUUCCAUGACCGGUGUGUGGAGGACUUUUUGUCCCUUGUGCCGUCAAAACAAGACCCCAAGGCAUCCUUGUUGGAAUCCAUCAAGGACUACGAUGUACUCAACCGCCCUCAGAGGAGUGCGAUUACUCGCCUGGUGAAGCAGGGUCAUAAUGGACCGCAGCGAGUGGACGCCGACGAUCUUCAGAUUGGACCGCGUUACCGAAUGGAAUUGAUCAAGGUCAUGCUGGAGUCAGAAAAGACCCUGGGGGCUGCACGGAUCGAUGAGUUCUUCGAUGAGCAGUUUUUCAAAACCAAUUUCUGGUCUCUUUGGUCUACCACCUUUGCUCUCCAGUCCUGGCACAGUAUCCUGGAGCUUCGCAGAUGUCUCCGGAAGCACCUUGGGGACAUCGAGGACCUGAAUAACGUCCGAGCGCUGGACCGCACCAAGUACACUAUCUACGAGUCUAUCAUCAUGCCAGUCACCGAAUACCUCAAGGAUCAAGGGGUCGACUUCCAUUUCAGCUCUCGGGUGUCCAGAUUAGAAAUGGACCCGGACUCUCAACAGACCACUGUUGCCAAGAUUGUGAUACAGGAGGAAACGGAAGAUAAGGAGGUUGAAGUAGACCCGAGCGAUAUUGUCAUGGUUACCUUGGGAUCCCCCAAUUCCGGCUCCCAGGUGGGCUCUAACCUCGAGGCUCCUGCUCACUUCCCAGAGAAAUCCGACGAGUUGAUCGAUCAUGACUGGGCCUUGUGGAUUGACUUGAUGCACAAGUCUCCUUCAUUCGGAGACCCCAAACACUUUACCCAGAAUCCUCACCACACGGCUGUUGAGUCAUUCACCAUUACCCUCAAGAAUUCAGACUUCCUCAAGCAGUAUGAGAAAGCAACUGGCGACAGCGCUGGCACUGGUGCAUUGCUUUCCUUCACGGACAGCAACUGGGGCCUGAGCAUCAGUGUUCCCCAUCAGCCUCUAUGCGCCAACCAGCCACUGGAUGUGGUCGUCAUCUGGGGUUACGGAUUACAUCCCGAUGAGACUGGCAACUUUGUCUCCAAACCGAUGUGCCGCUGCUCGGGUAGGGAGAUUGCUACGGAAGUCUUUUCCCACCUUGGGUUCAGCCUCGAUGACCUUCUCCCCCGCUCGAACACGAUUCCCUGCUUGAUGCCUCUCGGUACUGCGCCGCUGUUGCCACGCGGACCGGACCACAGGCCCAGAGUCAUCCCUCCACAGACCAAGAACCUCGCAGUGCUGGGUCAAUAUGUCGAGAUCGCCGAAGACACCACCCUGAACAUGGAAUACAGCGUCCGCAGUGCGCAGAUGGCCGUAUAUUCAACCAUGGGUCUGAACAAGUCCCCUCCAAAGACUCGCCGGCACCUACUUUUGAACGUCUUGGAUUUGCUGGGAGGCGUCUGA